AUGUCGCAGCCAACCAUCUCCCAAGGCCGUAAGGGUGAGCAGGCGGGAGAGCAGGCGAACGCAAAAAAAGGCGGUGGGCGUCGAAAGCGAGGUGGUAAGAAAGCACAAUGCGCCACCGAGGAACGGCGCAAGCUCCCAGAUGGCUUCACCGCGGACAUUCUAGGUGAGAAUGACGACGGUACGGAAACGUCCGCCGAUCCGAACGGCUAUGCGGUCGAUAAUGUGGCGCAUGGUGAACAGGCGGUGUUUGGUGUGGCGAAUGAUGACGGUUCAUAUCGCGACGAGACGUAUGGCGAGAAGGUGGUUGGUGAAGCGGACAAAGGCGAAGCGGACGGAGGCGAAGCGGACGAAGGGGAGGCGGACGAAGGGGAAGCGGACGAAGGGGAAGCGGACGACGGCGAAGCGGACGAAGGCGAAUCGGACGAAGGCGAAGCGGACGAAAGCGAAGCGGACGAAGGGGAAGCGGACGAAGGCGAAGCGGACGAAGGCGAGGAGGGGGAAGGCGAGGAGGGGGAAGGUGAAGGGGCGGAAGGCGGAGAGGCAGAAGGCGUAGGAGCUGUUGGCGAGGAGGCCGAAGGCGAAGGGGCAGAAGGUGGGGAGUGGGAUGGCGAAGAGGGGGAAGGCGAAGAUGGGGAAGGCGAGGAGGGGGAAGGCGAGGAGGGGGAAGGCGAAGAGGGGGAAGGCGAGGAGGUGGAAGGCGAAGAGGGGGAAGGCGAGGAGGGGGAAGGCGAAGAGGGGGAAGGCAAAGAGGGGGAAGGCGAAGAGGGGGAAGGCGAAGAGGGGGAAGGCGAAGAGGGGGAAGGCGAAGAGGGGGAAAGCAUAGGGGCUGUAGAUGGGGCCGGAGAGGAGGUGGAAGGCGAGCAGGUGGAAGGAGAGGAGGCGGAUGGGGUCCAGGCAGAUGGCGACAAUGUGGGCGAAGGCUUGUCCGAUUACUCCAAUUUUAGUGCAGAGGAGAGAACUAAUGGGCGGCGGACACGCGUACAAGCACUCAGCCGCGGGUCGACGCUGGAUGAGGAUGAAGAAGCUGCACGAGUGGUGAAGAAAGGGCGGUUUAUGAUUCUGGGGGCCGCACCAGAUGAUACGCAACAGUGCGGUAAUGGGCGUGGCGGAGAAGCAAAGGAUAAACAAGGAGGGCAGACCGUGAAAGGGGCAUUGGCGGCGGCGAAGCCACCCACGAAGCGCAGGACGGUGAAGAAUUCUGGUGUGGGUCCGCCAACCACCAUCGAGCGAUUCAACCUUGGGGGGGGAGGGGGGAAGCUGCCCCAGCUACAGGUCACCCAGCGGGCAACUACUAGUGCGAUGCAAGUGGGAGCAGCAGCAGCUCCUGUGGGUAUGACUGUUGCGAGGGUGGGAGGAGCAGCGUCAACAGGAGGGAGGGUGGGAGCAGCAGCAGCAUCAACUGGGGUGAGGGUGGGAGCAGCAGCAGCGUCAACGGGAGGGAGGGUGGGAGCAGCACCAGCAUCAACUGGGGUGAGGGUGGGAGGAGCAGCAGCGGCAUCUACUGGAGGGAGGGUGGGAGCAGCAGCGGCAUCGACUGGAGGGAGGGUGGGAGGAGCAGCGGCAUCGACUGGAGGGAGGGUGGGAGGAGCAGCAGCAUCGACUGGAGGGAGGGUGGGAGGAGCAGCGGCAUCGACUGGAGGGAGGGUGGGAGGAGCAGCGGCAUCGACUGGAGGGAGGGUGGGAGCAGCAGCGGCAUCGACUGGAGGGAGGGUGGGAGGAGCAGCGACAUCGACUGAAGGGAGGGUGGGAGCAGCAGCAGCAUCGACUGGAGGGAGGGUGGGAGCAACAGCAGUGUCAACGGGAGGGAGGGUGGGAGCAGCAGCAGCAUCAACUGGGGUGAGGGUGGGAGGAGGAGCAGCGGCAUCGACUGGAGGGAGGGUGGGAGGAGCAGCGGCAUCGACUGGAGGGAGGGUGGGAGGAGCAGCGGCAUCGACUGGAGGGAGGGUGGGAGCAGCAGCAGCAUCUACUGGAGUUUUCAGGCCCAGGGUGCUCUCCCUUCCUGCCUUGUCUCGCUGCUCCUCUGCACUCACCAUGCCAUGCCCUGUAGUGGUCUCCACCACGUACAUUUUGUGUUGCCCCACCCUUCCAUCUACUCAUACAUUCUUUUCCUGGCAGGCGAAGUGCCGGAGUGUCAUCACCGAGUUCUUCUGGCUGAAUGACGCUCGUCACAUCCAGAUGUAUCCUUCGAGUGAAGAGGCGAUGGCUGGGUUAUCUACUUAUCUGUCCCCUGAUACCAUGCCCCACUUGCAACUGCUGUGGAAACAACAAUGCCCAACAACAAAGGGGGCAUUCUAUACAGCAUGCAGCAAUACCCGGUGCGCAAUUGGCAAAAUACUCCGUCGAUUGGUUCUAACUGCAUUGGGGCGGGAGAAAAACAAGGGGAAGGUGAUGUCCCUCCCGGCGGAGUUGGAUCGUCCGGCGGUGUAUCGGAACGAUGCCGAACUGGUCCGGGACAACAUGACUGGUGAGCUCCUAACCCUUGCUCUCUCCCCCCAUCCUCUGUCACAUGCUCUCUCCCCCCCUCCUCUGUCACAUGCUCUCUCCCCCCCUCCUCUGUCACAUGCUCUCUCCCCCCCUCCUCUGUCACAUGCUCUCUCCCCCCCUCCUCUGUCACAUGCUCUCUUCCCCCCUCCUCCGUCACAUGCUCUCUCCCCCCCUUCUCUGUCACAUGCUCUCUCCCCCCCUCCUCUGUCACAUGCUCUCUCCCCUCCUCUGUGA